AAAAUUCAGGCAUUCACUGAAAAUUUCAUUCUGACAGUCGGAUCAGGUCAUUCAGAGCAAGAUGACAACAUACACGGACAAAGGUGAAAAGCACGAGCAGGGCAGGUUUCUCUGCUUUGAUCACUUAACGUUCUGGGUUGGAAAUGCAAAGCAGGCUGCAUCUUAUUACUGUAAUAAACUGGGAUUUGAGCCGCUGGCUUACCGAGGUUUGGAGACAGGCAGUCGUGAAGUGGUGUCCCAUGCAGUCAAACAAGGAAAGAUUAUUUAUGUGUUCUCAUCUGCCCUCAAUCCUGGAAACAAAGAGAUGGGAGAACAUCUGGUGAAACACGGGGACGGAGUGAAGGAUAUAGCAUUUACAGUAGAGGACUGUGACUUUCUGGUUGAGAAAGCCCGUGAGCGAGGUGCAGUUAUUGUGAAGGAGCCCCACACUCUGGAGGACAAGUAUGGUAAAGUCAGGCUGGCUGUGCUUCAAACGUAUGGUGACACCACACACACGUUUGUGGAGAGGGCAGGAUACAGUGGAUCGUUCCUUCCUGGUUUCCAUCCCCCUCUGUUCAAGGACCCUCUACUAGCCAAACUGCCAAGUGGAAAACUGAACUUUAUUGAUCACGUUGUGGGAAACCAACCAGAUGAUGAGAUGGUUCCAGUGGUUGACUGGUAUCAGAAGAACCUUCUCUUUCACCGCUUCUGGUCAGUGGAUGACAAGCAGCUUCAGACAGAAUUUAGUGCCCUGCGCUCCAUCGUAGUGGCUAACUAUGAGGAGACGGUGAAGAUGCCCAUCAACGAGCCUGCCAUGGGCAACAGAAAGUCUCAGAUCCAGGAGUAUGUGGAGUACUACGGAGGUCCAGGAGUGCAGCAUAUCGCCAUGAAUACAUCAGAUAUCAUCACUGCAAUCCGUAACCUAAAGGAGCGUGGGAUGGAGUUUAUGUCGGUGCCUGACACCUACUACAACCAGCUGAGGGAGAAUUUGAAAAACUCAAAGGUUAAAGUCUUAGAGGAUGUGGAUGUCCUGCAGGAACUAAAGAUCUUGGUGGACUAUGAUGACAAUGGUUAUUUGCUUCAAAUCUUCACCAAGCCGGUUCAGGAUCGUCCCACCGUGUUCUUGGAAGUCAUUCAGAGACACAAUCACCAGGGUUUUGGUGCAGGGAACUUCAAGUCUCUUUUUGAAGCUAUUGAAGCCGACCAGAAUGCCAGAGGAAAUCUGACUGUCCUGACACCAAAUGGCAUUUCAAAAAACAUGUGAAGCCAGUGUUAAUUCACUUUACAGCUCUGAUAACUCUCAGUAACCAUCACUUAAUUACGACAAGUACACUGUCUUUUCAGGGUCCUGUUUAUUUUUGUUUUAUACUCAUAAUAUUCUACAACAACGCUCUGAUGUUAUGAAAUACAUAAUGAAAAUAUACCAAGUUUGUGUAAUGAUGUUAUUUUAUAUUUGUGUGUUUUGCAUGUUUUAUUACAAUUAAUCAUGCAUAUUGUGUGUUAGUUUAUCCUGGUGUUUAUGAAAGAUCUUCUGAGUCUGAAAUAAUCAUCAUGAGUACAUAACUUAAAAUUCAUAAUACAGUGCUUUUGCUUUAUAAAACAUUAACAUCAAAACCAUCAUUAUUGAAAUGAGCUUGACUCAAGCGAAACAUCAUUGAAGCUCUCAUUAAUGAAAACAUUUAACUAUACAACUCUGUUAUUUGGAUAGUCAGGUCAACAGACUGUUUACUAUAACUGAGAAUCUGGAUAUAACAUGGCAUCUGGAAUAAACAUUUUCCCCUCUUGUUGAAAGAUAA